AUGCAAGAUACAUCUAUCAAAAAGCAAGUAAUAUCACAUAUGUGUAAAAACGCACUGCUUCUGUCACAGAAUGCAACAAUAUGCACGAACCAAGAUGGCGAUAACCAGUAUAAAGAUGUAGAGAUUUACCAACUGGCUUUGAUAUCCUCUAACAAGUCUAAAACUGAAUGCCAAUAUGACUGGGCUUCUGGCCAUAUACACCAGAAGAAACAGAGUACCCACUUGGUUACAAGCCGGCCAACAUUUGUCAGGGGCAGUGACUACACUGAGAAUUUGCAAGAGCUUAUUUUGCAAGAAAACAGAAAGCAAGAGAGAAAAGAGAUAAAGAAAAAGAGAGAUAAAGAGAGGGAGAAAGAGAGAGAAAAAAAGAUAGAAAAAAAAAGAAAGGGAGAGAAAGAAAAGAGAGAGAGAAGAGAGAAAGAAAGAAAAGAGAGAGAGAGAGAAAGAGAAAGAAAAGAGAGAGAGAGAAAAAAAAUAGAGAGAGAGAAAGAAAGAAAGAAAGAAAGGAAACAGAGCGAGAGAGAGGAAACAGAGCGAGAGAGAGGAAAGAGAGAGAGAGAAAAGAAAGCGAGAGAGAAAAGAGAGAUAAAGAAAAAAAGAGAUAAAGAGAGGGAGAAAGAAAGAGAAAAAAGAAAGGGAGAGAAAGAAAAGAGAGAGAGAGAGAGUGAGAGAGAAAGAAGAGAGAGAGAAAGAAAAGAGAGAGAGAGAAAGAGAAAUAAAAGAGAGAGAGAGAAAAAAAUAGAGAGAGAGAGAAAGAAAGAAAGAAAGAAAGAAAGAAAGAAAGAGAGAGAGAAAAGAGAGAGAGAAAAAGAGAGAGAGAGAGAGUUUGUUUCUCUGUGUCUGGGAGAGAGAGAGAGAGAGAGAGAAAGAAAGAAAGAAAGAAAGAAAGAAAGAAAGAAAGAAAGAAAGAAAGAAAGAAAGAAAGAAAGAAAGAAAAGAGAGAAAGAGGAGAGAGAGAGAGAAAGAAAAGAGAGAGAGAGAGAGAAAAAGAGGGCGAGAAAGAAAUAAAAGAGAAAGAAAGAGAGCGAGAGAGAAAGAAAAGAGAGAGAGAGAAAGCAAACUUGGUCAAACAUGGUCAGGUUAGUGCGCGAGUGAUCGGUGUUAGUUUUUUUUACUAAUAAUACGCUCCAAUAAAGUUUAUAGGGGAAGUUAGCAUGGUCACGAUAUCCGAAGUCCUGAAUUUAGCGGGCGUCGGGUUUCACUAGCACAAAAACUAUUUACUUUAGUUUCAACUUGUAACAUGCGCUCUAACCCGCACACAUUAAAAGCUUCUGGCGCUGUUUGUGCUUAAAUUAAAGCACUAAAUAGUACUCCGCUAAUGGCCCUUAUUUAGUAGCCCAAUGGGUAUUUGUCUGUGCUGCCAAAUAAUGUCAUGUUAUUCUUGAUGUUAUUCUUAGAUUUCCCUAGUUAGUCACUGAACAAAGAUAUUCACUUUUAUAAGUAAAAAAAAAAUUAUAAGCAGUUUACUAGAGCUUGUCACAGAUGUGAUUUUAUUAGGGUUAUCUUUUGACUAGGAAAUAGGAAAAUAUAAUUUGUAAAAAUAUUAUUUUGUUUAUUCAAUAUGCCUGUUUUGCAUAGCUUAUUAAAGGGACAUUAAACACUUAAUAAAUGCUAGAUAGAAUGUUGCAUUCAAAGAAAAGAUUAGUCUGAGAAUAACUUGUAGAUGUAUUUUUUUAAAGUUUCAUUAGCUGUUUGAAUAUUGAAAAAAUAACUGUAAAGUUUUAGUGUCUAUAAAACAAUGGGAGCUGCCAUGUUGUAACUUAGGUUACCAUCUCUACUGUAGCCAAUUAGGGACAGUUAUAAAUAGGUCACUAGAGUGUGCAGGAACUGAAAAUCUUACAAUUUCAGAAUAGAAUAAUAGGAGAAGGGAACAAAAUAAACAAUGAAAAUAUAUUGCAGAGUUGUUUAUAUAUAUAUAUAUAUAUACACACACACAUAUAUACACACACAUAUACACACGAUUUAUCAUUUUAUAUUACCAUCUCAAAGUGUUUAAUGUCCCUUUAAAAUUGAAAUUGCAAUGCAUUCUUUUUUACCUGAUGUUAUUUUAAUUAUAUUAAAGGGACAUAAAAUAAGUUGGGAUAGAGACAAAAUAUAAUAAUAUGUACUUUAAUUACUUUACCUGCAAAUUUAUACUGCAGUGCCUCGCCAUUAACCCUUUCUUUUUAGCUUCUGAAUUGUAAAGCUCUAACUCCCCCCACACAUUUCCUUCUAUGCCUGUAUCUAUAUCUAUUGUUCUUUCGGUAGAAUGCAAAAGUGCAUAGGGAUUAUCUGCUGGAGCAUGCCUAGAAGCUGUGAACUCAGUUGAAAUACAAUGCCUGUGUCUAAACACUGAUAAGAGGGGUGGAGUUGGCUGCUCCAGGCAGCUUAACUAUGUAAUUCAUUUUGCUUACAGGGAGUGCAGAAUUAUUAGGCAAGUUGUAUUUUUGAGGAUUAAUUUUAUUAUUGAAAAACAACCAUAUUCUCAAUGAACCCAAAAAACUCAUUAAUAUCAAAGCUGAAUAGUUUUGGAAGUAGUUUUUAGUUUGUUUUAGUUAUAGCUAUUUUAGGGGGAUAUCUGCGUGUGCAGGUGACUAUUACUGUGCAUAAUUAUUAGGCAACUUAACAAAAAACAAAUAUAUACCCAUUUCAAUUAUUU